AUGUUCUUCUACUUCCUUUGUGCGCUUCUCCUGCUCAACGCCUUUACAACUGAGGCAUGCAUAGAUGCCGGCGAUACGGAAGAUUGCAAGGAGUACAAGGCCGAAGGCAAAUGUAAAGAUCCAUCUAUGCAAGGCUACAUGCAGGCAUUCUGUGCUCAAACAUGUCGUUUUUGUGGGUGGUAA